AUGGAUCCAGCUACCCUUUCCAAGUUUGCGGCGCCCGCGGUGGUUUCUCUGGUAGCCUUUCUGUCGUAUUCUCCCCAGCAUCUUUUCGGCAAGAUCGAACCAGGCCCAUUGCACCAAAAGGAGGCACUCGUCUUCAAUGCGCUGGUGGCCUGCAUAUGGGUGAGCUACCUGCGUGCUUGUACCACCGACCCGGGGCGCGUUCCGGCGGAUUGGAAGCCUGAUGAGGACAAGGCUGUGGGCACCGACCCAACAUCACCUGCAGGGAAGAAUCUGGCUAGACAAAGGUACUGUCGCAAGUGCACUGCAUUCAAACCUCCUCGGGCCCAUCAUUGCAGGGUCUGCAAAAGAUGCAUCCCAAAAAUGGACCAUCACUGUCCAUGGACGGUCAAUUGUGUGUCGCACUUUACUUUCCCUCACUUCGUCCGCUUUCUCUUCUACGCCGUGUCUGCAAUGAGCUAUCUUCAGUACUUCUUGUACCUCCGAGCAGACGUCAUCUGGCAGAACCGGAGGCUACCCAGCUAUCUAGGACCAACCCUGCCACAGCUUGUCCACCUGUUCGUCCUCAUCGUUGUCAACUCACUCACACUGUUUUUGGUUUCAAUCACGUUUCUGCGAACUGUUUGGGGCUUAGGAGGCAAUGUCACCACCAUUGAGAGCUGGGAGAUUGAACGCCACGAGCAAUUACUUCGUCGGGCUCGUGUUCUUGGUGGAUAUUUGGAUGGUCCAGACGGUAUCAGGGUUAGGUUGGUGAGGCAGGAAUUCCCUUACGACAUUGGGAUCUGGAACAAUAUUGUGCAAGGCAUGGGUACGGCCAAUAUUUUUGCCUGGUUUUGGCCCUUUAGUGCAACCCCGGCAACAAGUGGCGUGGCAUUCGAGACGAACGGGUUUGAGGAUCCUGGUACCAGCUGGCCGCCUCCAGAUCCCGAUCGGAUGCCACGAAUUGACCGUUCCGCAGAGUUGAAAAGUGCGUUUGUCCACGCGCAAGCUGGUCUUUCCCGGGAGGAAGAAGUCGCAGCCUUCAGACAGCGGCAACAUGGCGAUUUUGCACGGCGUCCCGAGCAUUACGGCGUUGAGCGUAGAAAGCCGUUCCACGAACGCUUUGCAGACGGAAGCCACGUGCCCAUCAAGAACGAUUACACCAACCACCACGACAGUAGCGGCGAGGAAGGCUGGCAAGAUUCCGGGGGAAAUCGACUGAAAGAUUAUGGGGUGGAUGAGUCUGUCGAGUUUUAUGACGAAGACAACCUCCCAAUAGCUGAAUUGCUACGACGGAAAGCAGAUGGCCGCUACGGCACCCAUUGA